ACAAUCACAUCUUUUGGAUUCUAACUAAAAAAUGUGUUCUUUUUGUUAGUGAAGAACAUUACUCAAAAAAACAAUGAUGGGUUUUGGAUUUUGAGUUAGAACAUGUUUGGAAGACAAGUUUUGAAGAAAAUGAGGUUUUUGUGUUUUUUUUCAUAGUGAAACUGUGAAGUUGAAUUUUUUGUGUGUGUUGUGUUAGUGUUGAAGAAAUGAGUGAUGAUGUUAGUGUGAAUGGUUCUUCAUGUUUAGCAAUAACAGAAAAGAAGAACAAUGAAAAACAUAGUGGUGGUUGUGUUGGUAUUUUCUUUCAACUAUUUGAUUGGAAUAGAAGAUUCACCAAAAAGAGAUUUUUCUCCAAGAAACUUCUUCCUCCUGCUAGUGCAAAACAUGAUUCUAUGAACAAGUUUAAAGGAGAUGAGAAAAUGCCUAAUUCCAAGCUUCAUUUGAUUGCUAAUGCGAACAAUGGAGGUUUCUCGAAUGCCAUGGAAGGAGGAAAUUGUGUUGUCGAGGUAGAACGAAAGCAUGAAAUGAAAGCUCCGAGUAUUGUAGCUAGGUUGAUGGGUCUAGAAUCAAUUCCAACUUCAAAGAGAGAUCAUAAGUCCAAGACAUCUUCAUAUUUUGAUAGUGAAGAUGGUGAAGAGUCUUUGGAAAUCGGAGUUGCGAAUGUAAGUCAUGACUCAAGGCCUCAGAAGGUAAGGAAAACGGAAGCGAACGAAAAAAGAGCAAUGACUAGGUUUGGCGCUGAGGCAUUGCAAAUCAAGAAUGUUUUGUCACAAGUGAGAAAGUGUAAUCAUCAUCACAGUCACCGUCACGCUAAAUUUGUUUCACCUUUGAAGAGUCCGAGGGUUUCUUCGGGAAAGAGUGCAUCUCGAAGCUCAAGGUUGAUAGAAGCAGCUACUAAGAUCUUGGAACCUGGCUUCCAGGCUACAAGCAGAUCCAAAUAUUCUCUUAUAUCAUCUGUUUCUAAGUGUCCUCCUAAGAAUGGCAUUGUCACUGAUAUGGUUGGAACUCAGGUGGAAGCUAUACACAACCGAUCGUGUUAUAAUGUUGGCAUAGACAAGUCAUUGGUGGAGCAUACUUGCAAAAAUUGCGGUAAUUUGGUUGACGUUGAGAUCAACAAACCUACUGUUUCAGAUGUUUUCAUUGGCUUCUCUUCCGAAUCGGCGCUAAAAGGAAGAUCAUUCAAUCCUUCUCACGAAAAUGACAUAGUUCUUCUCAGAAGUCAAGAGAAGAUCAUAACUCUUGUUGAUGAAGAUGUUAAAAAGAAUGCUUAUUCUUGUAAUGAAUCUACUUCCAGAAGAAUCCACGUUCAUGCAAAAUGUGAUUCUUCUCAUCAACCGCCUGGAGGCUUAGAGGAUAAUGACUUUGAAUUCAAAACUCAAACACGAGAAAGGAUGUUAAGCGGUGAAAGAAUGGCUUUUAGAUUUGAAGCUAGAAAUAGUAAUAUGCUGAUGAAGAGAGCUUCAUCAGCUGCAACUGCAAGCACUGUGAGUGGAAGUAAAGACUUUGUUGGUUUGAAUCGUAGGCUAAGUGGACGAACUCGGACGGGGUCUCCUACCAAAUUGGAUAGCUGCAAUUUUGAUCUUGAGAGGAAAAAAAGGACUGAAAGUAUAGCUUCUGUCAAUUUGGUUACAUUGAAACAUAGAAAUGUUGGUUCAAAUACACAAGGAGGAAAAAGGAGAAACUUUGACGCUUUCUCUCCAAACAAUUCGAACGUCAAAUGUAGAAAAAGUGGUUAUCAAAAAACCGACAAGAUUAACGACAAUAAAAUCAAUAAGGUAGAGACAAGAAGUGCUAAUGUGAUUAAGACUUGUUUCCAAAGACAUCAUUCACCCUUGAGAGAAGAUGUUUUAGGUGCUUUUCUAGAACAGAAGUUGAAAGAAUUGAAAUCGAGGAAAAACGAGGAGUUGGCUAAUGGCGAUCAACCUAGAAGAUCAACUGUGUUGAUUCUUCAAGAAUUGAUAUCUGUUCUGAAUGCAGGCUCAGGGGCUUUUCACACCGGCUCUAUAAAUUGUUCAUACGAUCAACCAAAACGGUUUGAGCAUGAUGUCAAACUCAUAGGCUGUAAGAUACUGACAGAACUCGCUAACCGAAUUCAUAUGACAUUGCAAAGUUUAAACUCUUUUUGGCCAAGAUUGACAAAAAGCAAGCUCAAUCAUAUGAAAAAUGUCAUCUUCAUUGCUGAAUUGGUUCUUGGAAAUGUCACUAGACAAAGAGAGGAUCUGCCACAGCUUCUCAUUUCUUGCAUUCUUGUUGAUGAACUCGACAACAUGGCAACCGAUGCUGUGCGGAGAAAUUUCAACCGAAGCCAACUUAAGGGAUUUCUCUUUGAUUGUGUAAUUGAAUAUCUAGAAUCAAAUUGCUGCCAUAAUUAUUACAAUGUAUUUAGUUUAUGGUGUGCAUGGACAAAGGUUCCUUUCUGCAUGAAAGGUGAGAUUUUGGUUGAAGAGGUUAAGAGUGAGAUUAAAAAGUGGGAAGUUAUAGCCGGAAUGGAACCUGAAAAAAUAAUUGAUUGGGAGAUGAGUCACUCAUUGGGAAAAUGGACUGAUUUCAAUGUUGAAGCUUUUGAGUUUGGUGUUGAUAUUGAGAAUUAUUUGCUUCAAAUUUUGGUUGAUGAAAUUGUUGAAGACCUUGUAGAUUUUAGGCAUUGUACUCUUUGAACUUACCAAGAUCAUGUUAUUAUAACUCCUCUAGAUGUUCAUUAGAAUAUA